AUGAGUGUCAGCUUCAUAGGCAGUUGUCUGCCACCAUCAAGCAGUCUACCACCUAUUCGUUCGCUGCUGUCGGCAUCUGAAGAUCAGGUUUUCGCCGCACUCAAGAAUCUGCAGGUACUGUACUGUCCUGUACGCCUUCCGACUGCCAUCGCACACACGACAUCAAAACGAGAGCACACUUCCAUUGCAUCACCACCAGAACCCGCGGAUUCUGGUUACGCGUCUCAAGACGAAGGCGAAGAUGAUGAUAGCGAAGCCACGCCCGAAGAGGUGACAGCAGCUCUCCGCGCCGACCCGUUCGAGCGCACUUUUACCACUCAAUGGCUGAACUCGCUUCUUGCGCGCUCAGAAGAGAUGGAAAUCGAUGAUGAAGUGCGAGAAAGACUUGUAGAUGAUGCGGGCUUCAUUCUUUCGAGCCUGUUUGAGUCUACUGACGACAAGGAAGAGGCCCUGACGCGAGAUUUCUCUUUCCUCACAUCCACUGGAGUGCCCAUUCAGGUUACCCUAAAUGACGCGCCACUAUCGAGUACAGACCACACGGCCGUCGGACUUCAGUCUUGGGGUGCAAGCAUCAUACUUAGUGGCAUGAUGUGCGCAGAUCCAGAGCGAUUUGGAAUGGGCCAAGAUAGUGCUGCGGACAGGCGGGAGAUCAUCGAGCUCGGUGCUGGCACAGGGCUUGUGAGUUUGGCAGUCGCAAAACUACUUCCUGCGAUUGGUGUCGCACCUGGCAGAAUCACAGCGACUGAUUAUCAUCCGGCUGUUCUGGAGAAUUGUACCGUGAACAUCGAGACCAACUUUCCUUCCAGUUCCUAUGACACGCCGCCUGUUGAGACCGCGAUACUGGACUGGGCCCAACCUCCUGCACCCAUGGAAUCGACAUCCGAUCUCCUCAUCGCCUCAGAUGUUGUCUACGCUCCUGAGCACGCCGCCUGGCUCCGUGACUGUGCAGCCCACCUCCUUGCUCCAAACGGAGCUUUCUGGCUAAUGGUCACGGUGCGCAAAACUGGAAAGUUUGAAGGUAUUCCCGAUACUGUUGAAGCGGCUUUCGUCCCUGAGUUGUGUCCAAAGAGAGAUGAUGGCUUGACAUUCCAGAUACUGGAGACAGAGUUCGUGGAGAAGAGGAAGAGUAUUGGACGAGGUGAUGAGAGUGGAUAUAAUCUUUAUAGAAUUGGAUGGGCAUAG